ACAUCCUCUUCCUGUGACAAGAACAGGGCCAUCUCAUCUGCCACAGAAUCCCUGCCACAGCUUUCCCCCUUCAUUCUGUCCUUACAACAAACUCUGCCAAGGAGCUCUUUGGCUUGGGCCAAUCCUAGGCUCUACUGACCAACCCCUUUUCUACUACUGCCCAGAGAGAAAGAAGGACUUGAAGAAACCAUGAUGGUUACAGCGGGACAAAUCAUCCCAGUGCUUUUUAAGGGCAAGAGAGUGAGUGAAGUCUCCUGUUAACAUUCUGUUCUAUAAAGAAUGAAGAGAAUGGAAUGACCUGCAGUGAUGUUGGCUGUUCUUCACCCGGUCUGCUGAUUUAGGCUUCCGGUCUACUGUGUUAGCUCAGAAAAGGAGAGCCUGUACUAAUCCUUGGGCGUUGUUGCCAUUGGGAGCAAUGAAUUUUUUGGCCAGCCCUUUGUACAGGAAGCUUUGCUCUUUGUUCCUUCAUCAUGGACAUCUUGGAAUGGGUUCUGCCAGGAGCUCUGUCCAAAAUCCCUGCCACAGACGUUUGAGACAACUUUCCUAUUAUAAAGCAGGUCUGGUUACUGCUGCUGAUCUGGUCAACUACUGGCAAGAUGUGUUUGAGGCAAACAAGAUCCCUGAACCACAGGAAUCUUCAGAAUAUAUUGUUUCUCAUGUUCUGGGUGCAAAAACAUUCCAGAGUUUGAGUGCCAUCCGCAUUUCUGCUCCUCUCUCAGCCAAGGAACUGGAACAUGUUGAGCAACUAUGUGCAAAACGACUACAAAGGAUGCCAGUGCAGUAUGUUCUCGGUGAAUGGGAUUUCCAGGAUUUGACACUUAAAAUGGAACCUCCAGUCUUCAUUCCUCGACCAGAGACUGAGGAAUUAGUCUCCCUUGCUGUGGAUGAAGAACGCAAGAAGAGAUUGAACUCAGCUGGCCGCCGAGAUCCUUGGCCAUUCCCUCCGUCUCAUGGGCCUGUGAUCCUGGAGGUUGGCUGUGGUUCUGGGGCCAUAGCUCUGAGUAUCCUGAAGAAGCUGCCUCAUAGCCGGGUCAUUGCCAUAGAUAAAUCAGAAGCGGCUGUGAAUCUCACCAAGGAAAAUGCUGAAAGAUUAAAUCUGCAGGACAGAAUCAGUGUCCUUCACCAUGAUGUCUGCUCAGGUUCCUGGGAAUGGUUACUGCCCUGUGGUUUCAUAGACACUGUAAUCAGUAAUCCACCUUAUGUUUUUCACGAAGACAUGACUCACUUGGCGGCAGAAAUCCUCAGUUAUGAGGACCUUGAUGCCCUGGAUGGAGGAGAUGAUGGAAUGAGUGUCAUCAAAGAGAUUCUGAAUCUUGCUUCUUACAUUCUUAAGGAUUUUGGGAGUAUAUUUCUGGAAGUUGACCCCAGGCACCCAGAGAUGGUGAAGAACUGGGUUCGUAGUCACCCUGACUUGUCCCUCUUUCUGUCGGCCACUCACAAGGACUUCUGUGGCAAGCCAAGGUUCCUGCAUAUCCAGAAGAAUGGGAGGAAGAACCACAGAGGAGCAUGAGUAGUUCUAGCCUCAUAUUGCUGUCUUUUGUGUCAUUGAACACCACUGUGUUCCUUCCAGUGAAAAUUCUGUUGGCAAAUCCUGUUGGCUCAAACACAGUUGUCGAGAGGGGAAAAAGGAGAUGAGCAAUUUAUGCUUCUGAAUGAAAGUGCUCCUUACAAGUUGCAGGCACUGGGUGGAUCAGCUUGGUUCAAACUUUAUGGGGGAAAGUGACUCCUUUUAUUAACUUACAGGGAUAGAUAUAUCUUCACUGAAUUUGUUAUUUUAGAACAGAGAUGGCCAACUUGUAUCCCUCUAAAUGUUGUUGAUCUAUAGUUCCCAUCAGCCUUAGGCAACAUAGCCAGUGAUGAGAGGGUUGUGCAUUGUAGCUCAGCACUAUCCAGAGGGUAAGAAGGAGCCAGUUCAGAUGUUUUCAGUAUGAGAUAAUACUGUAGCCUGAAUCCAGUUGGUAAUGUAAACUAGAGUAAACUCGUUAGCCAAAGUCCUGUUUUGAAAUACAGUGCACAUAAGGAAAAUCAUUCAAGCAGUUUUCACAUUUGUCACACGUGGGUGUGUAAAUGAGUAUACAGUUGUUCAGUCUGAACGUGCCUCAGCCUCAGCAUGCAAUGGAGAGUUAACAAGAUUGCACACACACCUCUCAUGAUUUCCAGUUAAUGCUGUACCAUGCCAGCUGCAUUCUGGCCAUUGAAGGCCAUGGGAGAGUUGCAAGUGUGAACUUACCAUUCAGCAGUUAUUUCAGUGGCCCUACUCUAUGCAGGAAUAACCAUUGGAUGGUUAGCCCAUAUAAUGAAGCUGAAUCAAUGCUUGGUCUUUGAAGAUUGUGCAUAUUUUAUGUACUGGAAUGUCUCAGGACAGUGGUUUCCAACCUUAGGUAGUCCAGGUGUUCUUGUACUUCAGUUCCUGGAAGCCUUCGCCUCCAACUGUGCAGGCCCAGAUUUCUUGGAGCUGCAGUCCAAAAACAUGGCUGCGAACCACUGUCUUAGGAAAUGCUAGGUGUUAUCUGUCAUAAAUUGUAUCAGAUGAAGUUUUGGAGGGAAAAUAAUACCAUGAAAUAAGAGAAAAAGACAACCUCAAGAAAGAAACAAGAAUGUACUUUUAACAGUAAUCCUGUUGAUUAUGCAGGAAUUGGAUUAAUUCAGAAAACAAAUUACAUUAUACAAAUCUCAGGGUAUUAAUAGGAAUGAGCUCCUGCUCUGCUUUCUAAAGCCUGGAUUAGUCAUCUUUGAAUCUGUGUUGCUAGACAUCCAGUACAUCAUGUGGUAGCCUGAAGUAGCCCAUGUGCUGGUAGUUGCUUCAUUUGUGUGAUCAGAAUGUCUUGCCAAUGAUAAACCCGAUAAUGAGGAAGUUUAAA